AUUUUUAAGUGUCAUUUCUGUAUUUUCAGGGAAAUCUGUGGUAUGCUGGUAUUGUGAACAGUAUUAAAAAUAUAAUAUCUGAUGCAGGCAUAUUAGUGUAAUUAUGGAUUAUAUGCCUGGAACAGCAAGCUUGAUUGAAGAAAUUGAUAAAAAACAACUUGUGGUUUUGCGAGAUGGUCGAACUCUUAUUGGGAUAUUACGAAGCAUUGAUCAGUUUGCUAACUUGGUAAUUCACCGGACUAUUGAGCGAAUACAUGUCGGUAAAAAAUAUGGUGAUAUACCAAGAGGAAUAUUUGUUGUCCGAGGUGAAAAUGUCGUUCUCCUCGGAGAAGUAGAUGGAGAAAUGGACAAUGAAAGUGACUUGAACCUUGAAAAAGUGUCUGUUGAAGAAAUAUUGCAAGCACAGCGAAAACAACAAGAAGAGCAUAUGGAAGAGAAAAAAGCGAAAUUGAAAGCAAUGAAAGAAAGAGGACUCUCUUCGAAUGUUGAACAGCAGGAUGAUGCAUUUUAAGCGCAGCAGAUAUUUGACAAACUAUAAUAUGUUGUCAAUCAUGAUUGUGUUUGUGUGCGUAACAUAUAGCUAUUGCUCAGAUGAAAAUUAUGUGUGAAGGUCCAAACAUGCUGGAAAUGAAAUUUCGUUACUUUUUAGUAGUCUUUUUAUUUAUAAAUAUUCUCUUCUUUCAAAGAUAUUACAGUAGAAUUUUAAUCACAAUGUAAAUGGAAGCAACAUUUUCAAGUUUGGAAGAGUUUCAAUAUGGUUUUCAUAAUCAAGCUUACAUGCCAACUCGUUAAAGCGGCUGUACCCUCACUGCUAAAGCAAAAAGUCCUUUUUAAAACUGCCUUCCAAUCAGGAUGUUUUUCCUCACAAAUUCGAGCACUUGGGAUGACAAAUCAAUGCCAUGGGGGCAAAAUGUUUUAUGAUAGUUUUAGACGCACUAAGGAGUCUGGUGAGAGAGCAAAAGCAAAGUUGUUUUCGAAUCUUGCUCGUAGAUUGGAAAUCGCAAUAAGAGAGGGAGGGGGCAAUGAUC